AUGUAAAAUUACAAAGAUCAUUUCUGCGUUAGCAAAUUUGUAAUUAAGUUUUGUAUUAGAUUUUAAUAAGUUAAUAGCUAGCUAGCUGGGUGGAUUUAUCUUUCCUAAAUUGCUGUUUAAAGAGAAUAAGCUUAAGCAUCCCCACAAAACUCUAAAAUGAUUAACCAAAAUACAGAAAGUCUCUUUUGUCUUUCACAAAAUCAUGAAUUAAUCUAAUAAUAAAUAUACACUAGUACACUUGCUAAAUGCUAGUUAGAAAAUAGAGAAAUUGAUUUAAAAUCAAAGAACUCAUUUAAUUUAGCAAAUUCAAAUGCUGACAUAUAAGAUGAAGAUACUAAAGAAACAAUUAACUCAAUAAAUAACUUAACUAUAAAAAACUUUUCAUACAAUUCUGGAAUCUGUGAAACAGAAAAUAAGAGUAACACCAAUGAAACACCUAAUUACUAAACUAGCCAUUCCCAAGUUUUUAAAUCUGAAGUAUUUGAUUCUGAUUAAAAGCAAAAAAUUUUUAUUGAUGAUAAGGAGGAAGAAAGUGAAGAUUAAGAUGAAAACUAAAACAAAAAAAGUUUAAAUAAUUCAAUUUAUUAAAAAACUGAGAAAAAUAUGUUGAGUAUUAUAAAGAGUUCUCUACAUAAAAGGGUUACCUUCUAAGAACUUAAUUAAAAAAAUGAAUUUGAAAGCAACGAAGAAGCUUUUAAGGAAUUAUUAUAUUUGCUACAAUAAAACUAUGGUGAUAAAAUCAAAUAAUUACGUAAUCAAUUUCUAACUUACUCUUACUGA